AGCAUCUUCGCAUGACAUCAGCUUGGGUGGGUGGGUGAAUAUCUUGGAGUCCUCUCUGCCUGAAACUUGAGGCAGCAGAGGGAGACUGAUUGCAACAUUAAUUAUGCAUUUUUAAAAAAUCCAACAGUUAGGGGGAAACAAGAAAGGAGGGGAAUAAAGUACGCUCUGCCUCCUUAAUUGCAUUUAAUUUCUCUGCAGAGGCAAAGACAGAGUGGAAGAAAGGGGUGCGAGAGGGAACCAUAAGAUUUCCUCUGCUGUGUCAAGGCGAUCGGAAGAAGCAUUAAGCAAUAAAGUGCUUUCCAUGCUCCCCAAGGUGCUCAUGGCUCCCUCUGCUCUGGGGGUCUCUCUGCUCCUGCUGUUUUUUACUUCUGUGCUGCAAUGCAAAGCUUUUCAUAAAACAGCCAGCAAACCAGAAAACUUGACCAAGCCUGCUCUCCGCUUGCUCUCUGACUAUUUAUUUUCCAACUACAAAAAGGAUGUCCGUCCUGUUCGGAACUGGAGGAAGACCACCAAUGUGGCUAUUGAUGUCAUGGUCUAUGCCAUCCUGAGUGUGGAUGAGAAAAACCAAGUCCUGACAACGUAUAUCUGGUACAGACAGCACUGGAUCGAUGAGUUUCUGCAGUGGAAUCCAAGGGAGUUUGACAACAUCACCCAGAUGUCUGUCCCUACUGAGGCCAUCUGGGUCCCAGACAUUCUUAUCAAUGAAUUUGUGGAUGUGGGGAAAUCCCCCGAUAUUCCCUAUGUUUACAUCCUCCAUCAUGGGGAAGUGCGGAACCUCAAGCCUGUCCAGGUGGUCACUGCCUGCAGCCUGGACAUCUAUAACUUCCCCUUUGAUGUGCAGAACUGCUCUCUGACCUUCACCAGCUGGCUGCAUAACAUCCGGGACAUUAACAUCUCCCUGUGGCGGACCCCAGAGGAAGUGAAACAUGACAAGAGUGUCUUCAUGAACCAGGGGGAAUGGGAGCUUCUUCACGUUCUCAGCCAGUUCCGAGAGUUCAGUGUUGGUGACAGCGAGUUCUAUGCUGAGAUGAAGUUCUUCGUGGUCAUCCGAAGACGCCCCCUCUUUUAUGCCGUCAGCCUACUGCUCCCCAGUAUCUUCCUGAUGGUCAUGGACAUUGUGGGCUUCUACCUACCCCCUGACAGUGGAGAGAGGGUCUCCUUCAAGAUCACCCUACUCUUGGGCUACUCUGUUUUCCUGAUCAUUGUCUCUGAUACACUGCCAGCCACGGCUAUUGGGACCCCGCUGAUAGGGGUCUAUUUUGUGGUGUGCAUGGCGUUGCUGGUCAUUAGCUUGACAGAGACCAUCCUCAUAGUGCGACUCGUGCAUAAGCAAGAUCUACAGCCUCAUGUACCUGACUGGGUGAAGCGCUGGGUGCUGGAACGGGCCACCAUCCUGCUCUGCAUCCGAGACAGGAACACGUUCUGUCCAGUCCACACUCAGAGCUCUGACAUCUCAGGGAACAUGGAAAACAACGACAGUACAGCCAAACUGAACCACUACAGCUGUGAAAGCACACGUGACUUUGAAGGAGGAGCAAGUGGUACUAUGACCCAGCCGCAAGGGGAGAGCUCGCUGGUGGUUGAAAAUAUCCUGCAAGAGAUUGCAGCCAUCCGCCAGUUUCUGGAGAAGCGGGAUGAAUUCCGUGACAUUGCCCGUGAAUGGCUGCAGGUGGGCUAUAUCCUGGAUGUUCUUCUUUUCCGGGCAUAUCUAGUAGCUGUGCUGGCCUAUAGCAUCACAUUGGGCACUCUGUGGUCCAUCUGGCAAUAUGCCUGAGACAGGCGCCAUACAGAUGGGUUUGUCAAGCAGUUAUGCUUAAUGAGUCUUUUUGAGGUCUUUGGACUCAUUGAUAUGUAGAACUAAGACCCAGGCUCUGAGGUACUGCUCAUGGACAUGCAUCUUAAGAUUGCUGGCUUCAAGUG